UGGAACCACGCGAGUCACUCGAUACGGGAAAUUCGCGAUGUUACACUCACUUGAGUGAUAAACUUUCUUCAAAAACUAUCGGUUAAGUGAUAAAACUGUGCGUAAAAGUAACAAUGGUUAAAAAGUUACCGCCAAAGUUGAGAUUGUUAACUUAAAAACAAGUUCAGUGACAGUUUCGAAGAAACAAAACAGUGAGAAAAGUUUUAGUUUUAAGUGAUUGAGGAAGGAAUUGUUGAAAGUUGUGGUGACUGGGAUUCGAGGAUACGGCCUUUCAACAUAGAGCCAAGGACAGUCUUCGUGGGAAAAAUGUGACAUUGUCACCUCGCAUGAUGCACUACACCAGCGACCCUACUUCUGGGGCUGAUGUUCAGAUACCCGCGUGCGUGACGACCGACUGUCUCCACCAUGGGGGAAUCGAGUGGGGAGGCAACGAGACUCACACCAACCACUCCUGGGCUCAGCACGGCCUGGUCUGCGUGUUCGAGUCGUCGACGGAGGACUUUAUCGGCUCCCCCUUCUUCCAAAUGUGUAUCUACUUCAUGUACAGUGCAGUGUUUAUCGUAGCUCUCUUAGGAAACGGGUUAGUGUGUUUCGUAGUCCACACAACCCCGCGUAUGAAGACUGUAACGAAUUUUUUCAUAGUGAAUUUAGCUGUCGGUGAUAUUUUUAUGACGCUGUUUUGCGUGCCGUUUUCGUUUGUGCCAAUGUUGGUGUUGCGGUACUGGCCUUUUGGGGAGGUUAUGUGUAAGAUAGUGAACUACUCGCAGACUGUGUCUGUGUUGGUGAGUGCGUAUACGUUGCUGGCGAUAUCGAUUGAUCGGUAUAUGGCGAUCAUGCACCCGCUGAAGCCGCGGCUGGGGCGGGCGGCGGCCAAGAUGAUAGUGGCGGCGGUGUGGGUCGGUGCGUUAGCCACUGCCGCCCCUAUACCCAUUGUAUCGCAGCUGCAAAGACCGUCGCCGUGGCACGAAGCCUGCGAAGUGGACAUUUGCAGCGAGCAGUGGUCUAGCGCGCAGCUCAGCGAGCAGUACACGUGUGCGCUAUUGGCGCUACAGUUCGCGCUACCGCUGACCGCGCUAGUGUGCACAUACGCGCGGAUAGCGCACGUCGUGUGGGGAGGCCGCCCGCCUGGAGAGGCGCAGACGCUACGCGACUCGAGGAUGCAGCAUUCGAAGCGGAAAAUGAUAAAAAUGAUGGUGACGGUGGUGGCGGUGUUUACAAUCUGCUGGCUGCCGCUCAACGUUUUCAUCGUUCUGUGGACAGCUCACGAGAACGAUGAAGAAUGGGCGUCGUGGCCGGGCAUGCCGUACGUGUGGUUCGCGAGCCACUGGCUGGCCAUGUCGCACUCCUGCUACAACCCCAUCAUAUACUGCUACAUGAACAACAAAUAUAGGAGAGGCUUCAAACAGGCCCUCGGCGGAUGCCUGUGUUUGAAAUUCAACGACGCGAGCCGGUCGUACCAGCGCGAGCGUUCCAGCGUUUGCGAAGGGGUGCCGCUGUCGGAAAUGGUUGGUGUCAACGGGUCGACAGUACACCGGCGCACGCUGGUCGGCUGCAAGUGCCGCCUAUCCCGAAACAACAGCAAAUGUCCCACGUGUGCGUCACUGAAGCAACUAAAGCUCACCGUACCGGAAGUAGAGCACUUCCCGCGCCCGCCGCCCGCCCAGGCGGUCUCAGUGCGUUCGCAUUUCUCAUACUAAGGCCAGUACCUCUAGCAUGAACAACUUUCGUCUUCGAAUCGUUUGCGUAAUCGAUAAAAUUCGAUACUCAAUCUUCGAAUUAAACGAUAACGUGACAAUUUUGAUUCACAAAUACCACAUCUCAUACUAAGUUCACUUUUUAUUUCGCUAUUGUAGUUUUCGUACUAAAUCUUUUGAUGGCUAUUCGAAUACGCAAACGAUUUGAACUCGAAAGUUUUUCGUGCUAGCCGUACAGGUUGCACCAUCUUACUUUAACUUUGACAAACGUCAAAAAUCUGUAAAACUCCCUACAAAAAACACCGGUUAGCGUUGUAGUUACGGUCAAAGUUAGGUGAUGCAACUCAGCCUAAGAACCGCGCAAAGGAUUUUUAGUGUCCUCAUUUCACUUCGGAACUAUUUCGUGCAAAUUUUCCAGGUGAAUUGAGUCAACUUUCUACACCCAGGUGAAUAAAGUGGAAUAAACCUGCGCAAAUGCCUUCGUUACCGACACAGUAUCACAGGAACCGAGUCUUGAGACUUCACUUGAGUGAAAAAACUGGACUCAAACAUUGUUGAUACUGAUUCAUGCUGUAAAAAGCUGAAACAUAAUGUAUUCACUUGUCUGGUGGCUUGUACAGUUAGCGUCAAAUAGUCCGUGACAACCAGUGACCAAAAAGUUGAUACACAAACUUAUUGUAAUUGUAGCAAAGACGUGUUACAAAAAUAAAUAUUGGCUACUUUGGGUGUGUUUACGCUGACAGUAUUAUACGAGUACAACACAAAAGCGUAAGUAUUUUAAACUAUUAUGUUGCAUUUUUACUAUAAAAUUAUCACUUCACGGGAUUUAUUGCAACAAUAUCUAUUUUAACGGUAAAUAAAAUAUUUAUGACUCGUGCAACCGAGCUGAAACGUCGGGAGGGUAAAUAUUUUAUUUACCGUUAAAAUAGAUAUUGUUGCAACAAAUCCCGUGAAGAGAUAAUUUUAAAAGCGUAAGUUUUUGCAGCCUGUAACUUACACGAACUUUAUAAGAACGAACGGUUUUAAAUUGACGUUGACUUGUUACUUUAGUAGUAAACCUGAUUUAGUGCAAUAUAUUUUUAAGUUACCUAACUUAAGUCUAAUUUAAUAUAUUGAUGAAAAAGACUUCAAUGCUACGACUGUAAAAAUAUUAUACUUAUUUUAUGUUAGAAAUCUUAAUAAUUAGUAGGUAGUUAGUAACGCCGGACUCAUUCUGUUAAGAGAAAAUAGUUUAGACAAUGUAUUGAAUAUUUUUUAUUGUUCUUCAUAUAUAUUUUUCGAUUAAAUUACUGUAUUUGUAGGUAUCUU